GUCACUCGGUCCUGUCACUCAGUCCACACUAACUAAUCAGGCCCUCCAGUGGACCGGCCAGUCAGAUGGGAGGGUUCUUCCGGGUGCUAGGCUUCUGGCUCAGCUGCUUUGCUGAGGAAGUCGGAAGUUGGACUGUGUACGGCGCCUUGGGCUCCACUGCAGGGAGCUUUGGGGAGAGCACGGGCGAUCUCUGCAGCCGAACCGAACCGUGAAUGCAGUGACCUAUGAUGAUGUGCAUGUCGACUUCACUCAAGAAGAGUGGGCUUUGCUGGAUCCCUCCCAAAAGAAUCUCUACAAAGAUGUGAUGAUAGAGACCUACAGGAACCUCACUACUAUAGGCUACAGUUGGGAAGACAACAAUAUUGAAGAACAUUGUCAAAGUUCUAGAAGACAUGGAAGGCAUGAAAGAAAUCAUACUGGAGUGAAAUCCUGUGGAUAUACUCAAAGUGGUAAAGCCUUUGCAUAUGACAGUCAUCUUCAAAGUCAUGAAAUAAUUCCUACUGGAGAGAAACGCAAUCAAUGUAGUCAGUGUGGUAAAGCUUUUGCACAUCAUAGUUAUCUCCGAAUACAUAAAAGAACACACACUGGAGAGAAGCCCUGUGAAUGUAAGCAAUGUGGUAAAACCUUUGCACAUCUCAGUAGCCUCCAAAGGCAUAAAAUAACACAUACUGGAGAGAAACCCUACAGAUGUAAUCAAUGUGAUAAAGCCUUUUCACAACCCACUACUCUCCAAAUACAUAUAAGAACACAUACUGGAGAGAAACCCUAUGUAUGUUAUCAAUGUGGUAAAGCCUUUGCAUAUCAUAGUUAUCUCCAAAUACAUAGAAGAACACAUACUGGAGAGAAACCCUACGAAUGUACUGAAUGUGGUAAAGCCUUUGCACGGCACACUAGUCUUCAAAUACAUAAAAAAACACAUACUGGAGAGAAACCAUAUACAUGUAAUCAUUGUGAUAAAGCCUUUGCACAUCACAAUUAUCUCCGGAUACAUGAAAGAACACAUACUGGAGAGAAACCCUAUGAAUGUACUCAAUGUAGUAAAGCCUUUGCACAUCACAGUAGCCUUCAAAUACAUAAAAGAACACAUACUGGAGGAAAUCCUAUGAAUGCAAGCAAUGUGGUUAAGACUUUGCACGUAACAGUAGUCUUUGAAGUCAUGAGAAAAAAUCAUACUGGAGAAAAUCCCUAAACAUGUAGUCAGUGUGGUAAAGUCUUGGCACUUCAUGGUAGACUUCUUACAAGAGGAAAACCUUUAAUGUAUAAUCAGUCUGUUAAAGCCUUUGAAUAUCAUAUUAGUCUUUGAGAAUCUGAAAGAACUCAUACCAAAGCAGAUCUGACUAUAAAGGAUUUGGUAAGAUCUUUAGCCAACAUACUUACGUUCAGUUACACAAGAUUAUUUAUUCUGGAGAAAAAAAAUCUGACAAGUGUCAACAGUCUGUUCAAGCAUUAUGAUGUCCCUCUUUAUUUUGUUUGCUCCUGUAAGCUCUGGACAGAAGCCCUAUGAAUUUAAACAAUAAGGUAACCCUUUUAGAUUUUAUACUUCCCUUCAAUAACAAGAAAUACCUCAUGUGGGUGUAAAACUUCAUGGGUAUGGUUGGUCUGUGCUUUCCAAGUCUUCUGCUCUUUCCUUUUUUUUUUUUUUUUUUUUUUUUUUUUUUUUGACAACUACAUGUAGCUGUCAGUGACAGCACCCUGCAGGCUCCCACUUGAUGGUCUUCACAUGGACCUAAAAGCUCUUCAGUCCCCACCCUGUCAUUCCGGGAACUUGCCUACCUGAUGGGAAUAAGAAUAUUCUAACAACUAGUGAAACAGUGGACCCCAUGAAAUUUAAUUUCCCCAGGAAUCUCAUUCUGGGAAGAGACUGAGUCCUCCAGAAGAAAACUUUCCUGUUGAAGAAACAUUUAGUCCUUAUCUGAAUACCUUGCACUAGAGAAAACUGAGAAUUGGAGAUGGAUUUAGGGAUGGGAAAAUUUUAUUAUAUGGCUUGGUUAGAUUACUUAGUUGUGCAUAUCUCUUGCCUUCUAAGGAUGAAUUGAUUACCUUAUAUGAAUUACCAAUUACCAUAAUUGUUCUAAAUUGUGCAUACUGAAUAAAUAUCAUGUUUUAAUUUUUA